UGCUUUGGCAGAUUUUUCCUACUUUAUAAAGACUACAUUAGAAUUAGAAUCAGAAUCAGAAUCAGAAUCAGAUUUAUUGGCCAAGUGUGAUGACACGCACAAGGAAUUUGGUUCCAGCAGUUUGUGACUCUCAAAGGUGCAUAAUGAACAGCUUAUUGGGAGGUGGAAUAGUCUGUGCUGGAGUUGGAAAUAUACUGCUGGCUGCAUCCACAGCCACAGAUUACUGGAUGCAAUAUCACCAGGCCAGUGGUUACAUGCACCAGGGCCUGUGGCACUUCUGUGUGCCUGGGAAAUGCAUAAUAAACACUGAAAACAUUGGUUUCCUGAAUGGCGUCGGCAUAUAUAUGAUCAUGGCUAACAUAACAGGCAUCCUUGGCAUGUUUCUAGGCAUCAUGGCUUUCUUUAACUACAACACUGUUGUUCGCUUAAACAGAACAUUUUUCGCUGCAUUUUUAUAUUACCUGUCAUUCUUUUACGUGCUUCCUGCGAUGGUUACAUACACUCUGAUGACUGUGUACUACUAUGAGAAGCAAUACGAAAACUGGAGAUUCUCCUGGUCGUAUUUAACGGGCUGGGUGUCAGUGGUGUUUACAUUCUUUUCAGGCAUUUUCUUCGUGUGCGCUCGUCGGAUACACUCACCAACAGGCACUGAGGUCUGAGGCAACUCAUCAUCUCCUCUUAGAUCGACUCAUCAUUCAGGCUGAAAUGGUUCAGUGUGAUCCUGGAUGCUUACAUUUUAAUUCAUUUCUUUACCUUAUGAUAAAAGAAUAAAUGGUUGAGACAAAACUACAUGUUCUACUUUAAUUUACAAAAUAAAACAAUCCUAGAGAAUACA